UGAAAGUGGGAUUUGCUGUCUUGUAAUAUGCAUCGUGGAUUGGGCCUCUAGGGAUUCCCUCAAUCUAUUCCCCUCCUUAUUCUAUUACCUAAAGGAAUGUUACGUAGUGAUGCCUCUCUUCUUUCUCGAACCUUGUCAGAUUCAUCUCUUUUUUAUUUCUUGCUUUUUCUUCUCUGUCUUCUUCUUCCAUUUUUCACUACUAAUCUAAAUCAUCCAACCCUUAACCCUGAAAAAUCACGUGAAUUUAGUUCAUUUCAUCUUAUUUACAAACUAUUUAUUUUCUUAUAUAUAUUAAUAUCAACGUACAACAUAAAAAUAAAAAUUAAAUCUUAGUGCCGUGGAGGGCGGUAUUUAGCAAUUCACUAAAAUAAUUAAUUUAAUAUCUUUGCUACUAUGAGUAGUAUUUAAAUCAAUCUCCCACAUUCUAUACUACCUGUUCUUUGUCUGUUUACUUGAGUGAAAGAAAAUGCUGGGAAACAGUGAGAAAAUGGUGCUCAUCUCUUCAACUACUAAUGAAUGGACACAGAUAGAUGAUCCAAAAGGUAGCAGCUUCAACAACAUGGCUUCAGUAGCAGCAGCCGCAGCCGCAGCCGCGACAAUUGGUACUGAUAGAAUGGAUCAGAAAGUCGCAGUGAUUGCACAAGAUCAUCAGCACCUCCAACAACAGCAGCAGCAGCAAAAACAGCAACAACAACAACAACAACAACUACAUCAGCAACAACAGCAGCAGCAGCAAAAUCAGGAGGCAUUAAGAUGCCCGCGUUGCGACUCGACGAAUACAAAGUUCUGCUACUACAACAACUACAGCUUAACACAACCCCGGCAUUUCUGCAAGGCGUGUAAGCGGUACUGGACUAGAGGAGGUACUCUGAGGAAUGUUCCAGUAGGUGGCGGUUGCAGAAAGAACAAAAGAGUUAAACGACCGCCUAACAACAAUAAUACCUGUUCUUCAAAUACUAAUAAUAACAAUACUUGUCUUGAAGCUUCUGUUAAUUCAGCUUCAUCUGCUGGUGGUUGUGGUGGCGGUGCCGGUACUGGUUUAAGCUCUCUCUCAUCUGGGGGUCCUCAGAUUCAUGAUCUGAUAUCUUCGGGCUCGAAUCAUCAUCACCAAUCUUUGUUGUAUGGGUUAACCAACAAUUCUGACAUUAAUUUCCCUUUUUCAAGGUAUGAUCUUCAAAACCCACCUCAAAUGAAUGGUGUUGGUGUUGGUAUUGGUAUUGGAUUAGGGUUUUCAUCUGGGUUGGUUCAUAAUAUGAAUAGUAUGAACAUUCAUAAUAAUAAUAAUAAUAAUAAUAAUACCCAUCAAACUCAAAAUACCAAGCAAAUUUUCCAAGAUUUGAUCUCAUCAAACCCAUUAUUUUCCAACUAUAAUAACACAUCAACUUCCACUACUUCCACCACAACACCAUCCACUAUAUCUUCCCUUUUAGCUUCUAGCCUUCAUCAAAUCAAGGGGGCUAAUAACAACAAUAAUAAUAAUAAUUUUCAGACAUUAUUGCCCUCCUAUGAAGAUGAUCUCAACAUGAAGGGAAAUGGCCAAAAUGGUAACAGUGGUAGUGGAAUGUUUACUAAAGAGGUUAAGAUGGAGUUUGAGAGGCAACAACAAAAUAGGUCAUCAAUUGAUCAUCAUAAUCAAUGGAGUCAUACUCACAACAUGAUUGAUCAUCACUCACAACCUUCAAUGGCGUCGCCGUCAUCGGAUCAAUCUAAUAUUAUGUGGGGUAAUGCAGGAGCUUGGCUUAAUCCUUCAGACAAUCAUGGUUCUUCUGUUCCAUCUUUGAUCUAAGCUAAGAACUCUUUUUUCAUCAUCAUCUCCCUCUUUGUUCAAAAAAAAAAAAAAAAAAAAAAUAAAUGUUGGUAAGGUCCUUUUUUUUUUCUUAGAAAGUUAAGGUGUUUUUUUUUAUGGGAUUGGUCUAGUACUUGGUGAAUUUUUAUACCACACACAAGGGGAAACUUAAUGGUAUACGGGAGUAUGUAAUUCGGUUUGGAUUGGAUUGGAUUGGAUCGGCGUGUUCAUGUCAGCAGCAGGAGAAAGUGUUACAACCUCUGUAGGGUCUUUGCAUUGGUUGAGCACUAUUACUCGUAUGUACGUUUGCGCUGAGAGGAACCUCGGAUCCGAUAUCGCCUUCCGAAGACGAUGAUGACAUGGAUGCAAUGCUUGUCAUCAACAACAACAACUGCACAUUGGGGAAUAGAGAGCUAGAGAUCCACUACAACUGGUACUAUGGGAGAGGGUAUACUUUGAUGGAUGCAAUCAAUCAACUUUCAUAAGGUUAAUUCCCAAAUUUAAUUAAAUGUGAUGAGUUUGGGUUUUCUUCUUUUGGUAUUAUUAUGUAUAUAUAAAUGCAUCAUGACAUUGUUCUACUACAUUUCCAUUGUACUUUGUUUAACUUAAAAAUGAGUUAAUUUAGUUUUGUUGUUAAUUAGAGGGGUUGGGGUAUAUGGUAGAGGUCCUCAAUUAGACCUUUAGAAUGAGGAACUGAUACAUUUUUCUUUUAUUUUUUAUUGUAACUUUUUUAUUUUAUUUUAUUUUUACUUAUUUUGGUGCUUAUUUUUUUUCUUUUGUGGGGAAAGGUUUGGUAUAAUGGUAUAGUAAAAGAGGGAGAUUGGUUAUUCAAUGUGGUUGUUUUGAAUUAUUGAACUUAAUUAUGUCCUUGUGAUUCCUUUUUAAA